GUGUCGAAGUCCCCGCCCGUGAUCCCUGGCGGCUUCAGCGUAGGAGACGAGGUCUUGUACACGGGGGACUCGUGCGUGCUCAUCGACGCUUCGUCGGCGUCAUGCAAGCUCGUCCCUGGCAUGCGCGGAAAGGUGCAGGGUUGCGCCGCCAACGGCAGCGACCGGGCCUCCGACAGCGUCCAGGUGCUCUUCAAGGGCUUCACGGGCAACGUCAACGUGUUCCUCGAGUCCCUGACCCGCCCGGCGGUCAGCGAUCCCCAUCUGCGGCCCCGGCAGCGGGCCGGCGGCGCUGGCCCACAUGGCGCUGGCGCCUCCGAAGAGGGCGUCGGCGCCCGGGCGAGCGGCAGCUGGCAGCGGACCGCCGAGGGGCAGUCGCCGGGGCGGCCGCGCAGCGGCCACAGCGCCAGCGGGCCCCGCCGCGAGGCCGAGGCUGCGGCGGCCGCCGCGGCUCUGGCCCAGCGCCUGCAGCGAUUGCAGCUGUCCGCGCUGCCCGUGCAGGCACCUCUGUCGUCGAGGCGGCCCUCCCGGGCGCACAGCGCGAGGAGCGUCGCCAGCUUCGCGUCCGUGGAGGCGGUGCCGGCGACAGCCAGGGCCGCCACGGGCGCCGCCACUCCAGGGAGCAGGCGGCCCUCGAUCCAUGGAGGCUCCAGUCUGCUGCCCGCGGGCACCCCUGCGCUGGCCGCCGCGUUCCCCACGCUGGCGCCCGGCUGCCCCCAGCUGGCCGCCGCGGCCUGCGGCGGGCCGAUGCCCGUCGGGCGAGAGCCCUCCAGAGACUCGUUGGCGCCGGCGUGGCAGCUGCCGCCGGCGCGCCUGUCGGUAAGCCCGCCGGCACAGGCGGCCCAGCUGCCCCGCCAGCACGUGCUGCCGGCAGGCGUGGCCCACGUCAGGGCGGCGUCCCUGGCGAGGGCCGCGCCGCCUCCCGUGGGGCGCCCGCAGCGCACGGCAUCGCUGCCACCAGGAGGCCUGGUCCAGCCGCUGGCCUGCUCCCCGGCGAGGGCGGCUACCCCCUCCGCGGCGCAGCCGUCGCGGACGGCCUCCCUGGCCUCCCUGGGCGCGGCCCUGCCGGCGAGAGCGCGCUCUCCCCUGAGGGUGGUCACCCCGCCCGCUCAGGCGCCACUGACCCGCACGCGGUCGCUGCCGCCGAGCUCGCUGGCCGCGGCGGCGUCCGUGCCGCCGAGUCCGCCGCCGGAGGCGGCGCCGCGCGGCGGGCAGCGGUCUGCGCUCGGGGACUCCGCGCGGGCGCCCGCAGAAGGAAGCUUCUUGCCGUUCUCCUGCACCACCCACGCAAGCUCGGCGGUCUCCGUGCCGCUCCACGCGCUCCUCUCGCACCGGCUCGCCCACGGGGGCCCCUUCGAGGCGACCCCAGAGGUGGUUGCCGUGGCCACCCAGCCCGCGGAGCUGUCGAGCCGCGUGCACCCGCUGUCCAGCCUCCGCGUCUACAGCAGGGGCCACAAGGCCGAGCCCGCCGCCGCGGCCCCGCCGAGCCCGCCGCCGCAGCCCUCGCCCUUCGCCCCGCCGGAGGGCCCGCCCGCCGCCGCCGCCGAGGGCUACUUGCGUACGGCUCGUAUCUUGUCAGAGCGGCUGGGUGCGAUCCUAUCCGGUUUGCUGUGCCGCUGUACGCCUCUCGUGUUCUCCGACGUGAACGACGGGAUGGGGGAGACGAACGGGGCGGAGGGCUGGAUCGACUAUUUCUGCUACUCCGCGGGCCUGAACCACAAGGCCACCCUGCACGACCAUGGCUUCGCGGAAGGCCGACGUCGUGAGAAUCCGAUCCUGAUUGCCCAGGUUGUGAGCCACAGGUUGCGCCAGAUCCGCAGGGCCCACUGCGUGGCCCCGAAGGACAUGACAAAUGCCUUCGCCAGUACUUCGUGGGACGCCAUGGAUGCGAGCAUGGAGGUGCAUGUGCGGCCCGAGGACACGGAGUUAUGCAAGCAGCGUUACAGGGCCUUGAAGGGACGUUGGGGGGACCUCUUGACGGAUUUGUCCUUGUUAAAGUACGCAGAUGAUCUGAACAAGUUCGUGAUCGCUGAAGAGGGCAUGACAUUUCUCGAGUUCCUUGAAAAGCUUUCGGGGGUCGACCUGCUGCUCAACCGUUGCCUCUCCGACUUCGGUUUGGCUCAGAACCUCGCGAAGCAGGACCUAGAGCUGGCAGCCCGUAUUCUAUAUGAGCAAUGCGCGGGGGACGUUGCGAAGUACCUGCGGGUCCUCGCGAGCAGUGAUCGGAGCGAGGAGUUCCGCAUGAUCGAUAUGACGCAGUUGCGGUUCAGGGAGUUCUCGUUCGGCAGCGAGGAACUACCCCUUCCAGCGCGGCUCAAGGGCCGCAAGAAGCGCCGCGCGGAGGAGGGCGAAGGCGCGGCAGAGGACGGGGACAAGGACAAGGGCGACAAGAAGACCUCAGGCGGGGGCAAGGGCUCCAGCGGCAACACCUCCAAGCUCGCGAACGCCAUGGGUCGGCUGAUCGUCACGAUGGACCGCGACCUGGAGGAGCUCAAGUCGGCCGUCUACGAGCGCGCGGUGCUGCCCGCGGACAACGAGCUCGUGGAGGCGUCGACUCGCGCGGGCAAGGAGUACAACGCCAACAGCAAGGAGAUGAAGGCGGCGCAAGGCAGCCCGCACCUGCACAUCUUGAUGGCGCCCAUGGUUGCGGCGGUGGCUCUCACGAAGGACAGGGGAGAGGAGAAGGAGCUUCACACCCACGUCACGAAGGCGCUCCGCGAGAUCCAGGGGAUGCCGCUGAAGACGCUGGGCCUUCUAGUGCGGGUCUCCCGCGCGCGCUUGCACAAGCCGAAGGGGGGCGCCCAGCGCACGGGCCACUUCGAGCGGGCGGUGGACACGCGCUCGACGGCGGGCAUGAACCUCUACGAGCUCCUCAUGAAGAUCAUGGCCUCGCAGGAGGCCGAGCGGACGUCGGGCCCAGCCCCCAGGGGGCCGCUGGCCCGCACGGUCAUCGAGCUGAACGGCCUCAAGAGCUGA